AUGAAGUGUAACAAUGACGCUGUCCCCUCAUUGGCAGACAAUAAGCGCCUCGACAAGCUUGGUGAAAAAAUUCACAAGCUGGAGCGACAACUCUCCGUCUUGCACGCCCAAGUAUCUACCGUUAAGCAACGGAUAAACGGCUACGCCUGCUCCAUUUCCACCCUCCCUUCCGAAAUACUGUCGAUGAUAUUUCUCCACUAUCUGCAGGGUCAUGACCAUCCUGACUAUCCGUACAUUCCUCUCCGAGGAGACGGCUCCCCGACAACGCUGGCCAGCGUAUGCCACCGCUGGCGCAGCGUCGCAAACACCACUCCCCGCCUUUGGUCUGCAAUUCGGCUUUUCGACCCCUGUCCCAAACUGCUCCCCCUCGAAGAUGUAAAAACGGUCACCGACUUUGCCACUACCUCCCCGAACCGCCCCAUUGGCCCCGAAACCGCAGAGCUGCAGCUCAAAAUAGCGGAAAAGUGGCUGGAGAAAUCCGGCGCGCUUCCGCUCUGCAUUCGACUCGGAGACAACCUGAGCAAAUACCACGACGACUUUGCGGAUGUCCGACUCCGGGCGCUGCGUCUCGUAGUGCGCUACCGCAAGCGAUGGCAGUGCGUCUACCUCUGCCUUGCCCUAAGGCCAGAGCUGACUGGCUCUGCCAAACGGCGCAAGCAACUGGUCAUUGACGACUGCCUUCCGCUUCUCCGUCAAUUUACGGUUAAAUUCGGUGGUUAUCCGGCAUUCCUUGCCGGCCUAAAGGCGCCGUCCCUGGAGCGAAGUGUAAUUGGCCGCUGCCAGUUCUCUCCACUACCGUCUCCGCCAUUUCUCGCUAAUCUGACCCACCUCGAACUGCUGUCGUACAGGCUCCGCCCCGCUACAUGGGCGCUUCGAUACGCGCAUCGUCUGAAACGAUGCUGGAUAAGCCUCCACCUCAAUAAUGAUUCCGACAACGAAGAGGAGGGCCAUGCGGAUGACUUCAGAGAGCCGAUAUGUCUGGGAGAAUUGGAGGCGUUCAUCAUCACGAUCCCGGGCGGGCAUAAAUGCGAGCGCAUCUCGGACUUCCUCCGUUUGCUCUUCCUCCCCCGACUGAAGCGGCUCUGCAUCGACGAACUCCUCUUGUACCCCCGUCCUAUCGCCACUUUGCUCAAUCUCAAGCAAAGCGCCGCGUUGCGGCAGUUGGAGGAACUGUGUGUAUCCGGUCCACGGUUGAAGGACAGCUUGAACGGGCUUGAUUACGCGGCGGCCUUGGAUCCGAUCCCCUGCGUCUUGCGUUCCGUUGACAUAGAUGGCUUGGUCAAAGAGUGGGGUUUUGCCAGUUGA